GUUCCGAUCCACAUCCACGGCUUGCAGCUUACCUUAGCCUCUCUCUGCCCGUUCCGUGUCGAGACGCAGGCCGAUCGGAGUGCCUCGCUGAAUUCGGGAGGAGGUGAUGUGUGUGUCUCUCUCCCUCUCUUUCUCUCUCUCGCUCGCUCGCUCGUGCAAUCAACGGCUGGCGCUCCGAGCAUCUCCCUCGCGACCCUGUGUCCUCGGAAAUAUCCUUUUCUGCCACCCUGCAGCUCCCGGCGCCUCCCGAGGUCAAUCAAAACUAUCCCGUCCCGUAUGGAUACUACGUCGACGUAAGCCAAGCCGUUGGGUCGACGGAAUGCUUCGAGCUGACGGUGGCAUCGAUUCGCGAAUCGAUUGAGUUUGUGUUUGUGUGAUUUCUCCUCUUUGCUGCUAUUUCU